UUUCUGGACUGUUGCUUAUGGCCCUCCUCUUCCAUGGACCACCCGACGUAUCUCACUCGUAUACUGAAAUGGAUCUUCUCUUUCCACUUUUUUCUUUCAACUUGCUUCUCUUUUUUUUUCUUCGUCUUCUCUUUCGUUUCCCACUUUUUCCCGUUUUUGCUGUUUUGCGCCGUUGGUAGUGUCUAACCUUUUUAAAAGCAGAGAUCUAGACAGACUUUUGUCAGUGUGGGAUAGCUGCAGCUUGCACUCAAAGCGUUUUCUUUUUUCUAGUUUUUUUUUUCUCCUUUUGAUCGCCUUUCCCUUUCUUUUCAAUUCCAAGGUGGUGCCUUCCCGUCUCCCCUUCGUCUGAAUGGUUUGCCUGCUGAAAAAUUUCCUUAUGCUUUUGCACUCUAAACUGGAAUACAACCUUACUGGCAUACAUGCACUCUGGUGACACGUUUACCUUUCUUGGCGUAAGAAGUAGAAUAUCUGCUGCCACUUGAAGUGGAGUGCUAUUCUUGCAAGGAAUCCACCAUUGCUAAUUGAUGAAAUAGAGCAGCAUGUGGUGGUUUUGCUUAUCCCUGGAUGUGGCUAGGAAAGUUAUAUCCUUGAAUUUAUACUGCAAAGUUAUACUGUAGGAUUUAGCUGUUUUGGCUGAUCCCGUCUUCAAGUUUUCUUGUCCAAUGGCUACCGACCUUCUUGCUUCUCCUUGUUUUUUCCUCCGAGUAAGCUAAAGCUGUCAUCUGCAUAUUCCUAGACCUUGGUGGACGCCUGAUAUCGCCUGCUGGUUAAAACCUUGUUCACCUACGCCUUGGUUUCCACAUAAUUUUCUUUGCAAAGUUCCAUUUAAACGCCACUUUUGAGAAAUUUUUGGUCGUGGUUGUCGUCUUCUAAUAGUUUCUCUGGUUUAGCUAGUUUUCUGUUUGCUUGGGUGCUUAGAUAGUUGACGGGUAGACAGUUGGCAGUUUUGAGUGUGGAGAAGUUAUGGUGUGCCAAGCAGCAGGCCAAACUAGAUUUCGAGCAUUGAAACACGAAAGUGGGAUUCAGGGGUGUGCAACCAUCAUUGUUAGAGUAAUAGCUUGUUUUCAACCUCUUCAAGACUGCCAGGCCGAGUAUUUCCGCCAUUUGCUGAAACCUGUGACGUAGAAAAGCUGAUCAUCCAGCAUUAUCUGUUUCCCCGUCUGCACAUGCAAUAAAGAAUCCACGCACCUCCAAGGAGCUCUAUUAGGCUGGAGUUCUAAGAAUUUUAGGCAGAUCAACCGGUUCCAGUCCCUUCAAAACGUGGCAUCAGUUUCUCCCUAGUCAUUUUAUAUCUCAUGGGAAAGGACUACUGUUCGGGAAAACAUGGACACUUCCCAUUGCAGCUAUCUCCAUUGAAUUAUGGUGGCUUAUCAUCUGAUCAAGGUCUUGGAUUGGCUGAUGCUACUACCUUUCCUGGUGGUGAUGGCGGCCAUUACUGUAAUUUGAGUCGACCACCACUCCCAAUUAAUGGAUUUGCGGCAGAUGCUUGUCAACUUCUAAAUGAGCAGUUUCAACCUUGGCAGAAAUAUUGCCAUAACCAGUCCCUUCAGUCUCCAACAGCAUUUGGUUGCCAGAGGGUCCAAGCUGCUGCCCAUUAUGAUUGCCAUUUACAACUCAAAAAGCUUGAUUUAGGCGCACCUUUGUUGGCACCAGCAACUUCACAAAAGAAAUUCGUCGUGUUCGAUCAAUCAGGAAGCCAAAGAAGCAUGUUUAUCAGUUCCAUCAACUCUAUGUCUCCACCUCUUACCCGUGAACAUUUUAACCAAAAAUCCUGCAGCCUCCCCACAUGCCCUGUUGCCAAGCCCAACGUGCCUGGGUAUGCUAAUUAUACAUCCGACGACACUUGUUGGGGAGAAAGUAAAGUCUCUGCUGGCAAUGAGGCCGAUGAGAUGCAUGAAAAUACAGAAGAUCUCGAAGCUCUCUUGUGUUCAGAAGAUGAAGACGAUGAAGUAGCAAGCACAGGCCAUUCCCCCAUCUAUGUUUCUGGACACCCUAGGAAAGAGAGGGACGAGGAGUUCACUAGCUCAACUUCUCAGUUGAAGAGGAGGAAGCUCGAUAAAGUUGAGGAAGAAGGGGCAAAUGAGGAACCGAUGAUGGCAGAUACAGCAAGCUCCUACAAGCCCCCGAAAUCAACAGAUUCGUCUUGCGUAGGUGAUUCCGAGUCCUGCUCCGCAAGGCCUUCUCAACAUUCAAUGCCCAAGAAAAACAUCACCUUCGCUACGGGAGAAUCAUUUGCAGCAAAGAGGAUUAGGAGGGAGAAGAUAAGGAAGACGGUGGGCAUACUUCGCAGCAUUCUUCCAGGGGGAGCUCGGAAGGACGCCACCACCGUCCUGGACGAGACGAUUCAGUACCUGCGGUCUCUGAGGCUCAAGGUGAGAGCCUUGGAGGGCAGCCCUUGGUAAAGCAAAAAGUGCGAAGGAAAAAGGGUGGAGGGGCCAUAUGCGGUAAGUAGUCGAAGACUAUUAUCCUAUUAUCCGCAGCAGCGGCAGUAAUCAUCAAGACUGGAUUCUGUCACAACUUUUCCUUGGAGUUGUUCUUUUGAAACGUGGAAGUGACCUUUCUCUGUGCCUCCUUCCCCUGGUAGUGGCAGAAAAGGCAAGGCGAGCAGGCGUGCGCUUUGAUGGGGCUCACCAGAAAGAGAAAGACAGCGAUCCUUUUGAUGCCCACUUGAAUGAUUCAAUGUCACUGUACCCAAAAAAUGGCCGUGAGGAUUUGGGGGCCCCGUCGCAGUGCGAUGCUGAGAGAGCAGAGAGAAAGAGAAAAAAAAAAGUUGGGGAAGGAAUGAUGGGCCACUUGGACGUGCUGCAUCUUUCUUUUCCAUGUCUCUGUUGGUUGUUUUUCUUGUUUGUUCCCUUGGUCCCAUCCACCUCCGCCCGGCGGCACGCGCAGGGCCCCUCUCCCCACUGUUCAGCAUAUCCCCACCUUCCCGGCGAACUGAUCUUCGUUGGGUGUCGUGUUGUUGCUUCUGCCCAUGCAAGAAUUUGCUUUUAGCCGGUGUGCUGCUGCUCUCGCGUGGUGGGAUCACCUUUCCUACUGUGCGCCCUUUUCAGGGGAGCCCAUUCUCUACCCCCGCGUCUCUUUAGGAACCUUGAUGCGCUGCUCUCCCCUGCUCUGAUCGGCUGAACUAAUGGUGGUUGCUCCUGUCUCUGGCCUUUGAUGGUUGGUUGGUCGUGGUUUACGUGAGUUGCUGCUGAGUCUUGACCGGCGGCAACUCCGGCUCCUCCCCUCUAAUUUUGCAGAUGGUGGUCGUUACCUGUUUUAUUGCUGUAUGGUGAAGACUCUGGAGUAGUACUUUUCUCAAGUGUUGGAAAACGCUGGUUAGUCCAUAGCUUCCAAUUGUUUUGGAAGCCCUGGAGUAGUAUUUUUCUUAAGUGUUGCAUUAUAUGUGAAGGCGGUAAUGGAACCUUUUCAUUAAAAUCAUAUUCCCAAAUCCCUGUUUGAUUA